AUUAUUUUAGAGACCGUGCCGGCCGACAGCGUCCUUACUACUCAAUACCAGAAGUGACAACAACUGCAGAGCAUGUAUGUACCGGUACAUAUUGGCAAAGUACGGGCAACCUGUUUAGCUCAUGCAUGUAAGCAGAGAAGCUCAAGUUAACACGAUAUUAGCCUAGGACGAUAGCAAGUUUAAUUGCUGAAUUUACAUCUGUCUUCACCACAUACUCAAGAUGGGAGCUUACGGCUCUAAGUUGCGGGAGCCUAAAGAGGUAUCUCAAAAUCCCCGAGACCCAAAAUGGAUUAUUUCUCAUGCCAAAGAAGCGGAAUUGGAUAUUCCUGACGUCGAACGUUUAUGGAAAAGGUUUCAAGCACUGGGUUGUGAUAAAUUCGGUGUUCUGACGAUAAGUAGCGACUUGCGGGAAGUAACCGCCAAUUUCGGUGAAGAUGUCUUUGUCAAAAACAUCUGGCGGAACCUCAAAACUACUAGUGCCAAUGGCGAGGUGACCUUUCUAACCUUUAUCAACUUGAUGAAGUUUUCCCAGUCAGCUCAUCUCAGCGAAAAACUUCGAGCGGUUUUCCAUCUGCUAAACAAAGGGUCACCACUCACGGAAGAAAUCCUGUUCAGAGUGAUGAAACAUGUGUACGGGGCAACACCGGAACAUGAGGUAUUGACAUCGUGUUGGUAA